CACUCUGUCAGUGGAGGAGAGGGUUUCGAAAUCUAGCUCAAAGUGAUCGCUUCCUUGGGCAUAUCCAUCUAAGAGGAUUCUGCCCUUUUUCCCCCCUAGUACCACUUUCUUUGGUUGUUCUGAAUCUGUAGGAUCUUUUUUUAUCUGUCACUCAGGUUUGUGAUAUAGUGAGUGUUCUGCUGAAGAAUAACAGAAGUUUUUCUUACAUGGCUGAAGCACCUGCCAAUCUCAUUUGUGCUUUUUUAUUGACGUGAUCUGUGUGUCCUAACACACAUGACAGAGCUUAAGUAAUUUCUUUUUGGUCCACUGGAAUUGUUUUAUUUUGCCAUUCAAGGAUUUCUUGCUGACAACGUGGUAGGAAUCCCUGAGUAAACUCGUCAGAGAAAUCAUGAGUUGGACUCAUUGUAAAUGCUAAACGUCUGUCUGCCUGGAGCUACACCAUCUGUGGAAUUCAAUCAAGAGAUGACCACUGUGUCAAUGGAGCCCAUAGUGGCGAUGGUGGAAAAGAUUUCCAAUGCCACCGAGCGUCCAGUAGAAGCUUCUACUGAAGACCUGGCUGCCACCUUCACCAUUGGCACCAUCCUGUCCCUAAUGUGUCUGGUGGGUGUGUCUGGAAAUAUCUAUACGCUCGUGGUCAUGUGCCACUCCAUGCGCUCGGCAGCCUCUAUGUACAUCUACAUCAUCAACCUGGCUCUAGCCGAUCUGCUUUACUUACUCACAAUUCCAUUUGUAGUGUGUACACAUUUCCUGAAGGGAUGGUACUUUGGAGACGCCGGGUGUCGGAUCCUCAUCAGCAUGGACUUCCUUACCAUGCAUGCCAGCAUUUUCACCCUGACGGUUAUGAGCACAGAACGUUACUUCGCCGUACUCAAGCCUCUGGAUACAGUCAAACGCUCUAAGAGCUACCGAAAAGCAAUCGCCCUUCUGGUGUGGACGGCUUCGCUGAUUCUCACCUUACCCAUGAUCAUUAGCGUCCAGCUGAUGACGGAGAGCUCCAAGCCAAUGUGUCAACCCACACUGAGCCCUCUCUCAUAUAAAAUCUACAUCUCCUUUCUCUUUGGCACGAGCAUUGUGGCUCCAGGGGUGAUAAUCGGGUACCUAUACAUACGCCUGGCACGAACCUACUGGAUCUCCCAGACUGAGACUUUCAAGCAGACCAAGAAGCUCCCGAACCAGAAGGUCCUGUAUCUGAUCUUCACCAUUGUGCUCCUGUUCUGGGCCUGCUUCCUACCUUUCUGGAUUUGGCAGCUUCUUGGUCAGUUCCAGCCCACGCUGGAUCUCUCCACCAAGGCCAAGCGCAACAUUAACUAUCUGACCACAUGUCUGACCUACAGCAACAGUUGCAUCAAUCCGUUCCUCUACACCCUGCUCACCAAGAACUACAAGGAGUACCUUCGCAAGAGACAGAGGACUUGGACGGCUGGCAGCUACCUCAACCGACGGAACCGCUUCCAGAGGUCGCCCCGUCGCUCCUUGUCCUCCAGCAGUCAGCAGUGUACAGAGAGCUUUGUUCUCGCACAUACAUCUCGCACCAACAACAGCAGUCUCUGAGGGAAAGAUGACUGUCUGGGGCAAGACAAGAGCAAAGCAAGCCAAGACGGCUGGUAACUCCCUCCUCCAAACAGAAGAGGGGAGAGUAAAGGAAGAGCACAGUGGGCAAGAGAAGAAAAGCAAGUCACUGCACAAGGAGUAUCCCAACAUUAAGAGGCCAAUGUGGAGUUGGAGUUGCCGCCACCUCACCUGUUGAUUCGUUUCAAUCCUGGAUGACCUUUAAGAGGGAAGAAACAAUUCCCAGUUCAUCGUUUUUCUCAAACUUUGGGCUAUUAUUACUGUGAACUGGGUUAUUUUUAUAUAUUUAUUUU